CAGCCGUACGCGUCUGAUUGGCUGGACGGCUCGUGCGCGUCGAAGGAUUUUGCCGGAAGUUAAAAUGGGUUUGUGUCAAAUUUAGCUGCAAGAGGCAACAUCACAAUCCUACUGAUCUGUUCGUGAUAGUCUUUGCUUGAACAACACCAAAAAAAGGUUGUCUCAUCACAGUGACCUAUCUUGAAGACACUUGACAGAAGAGAAGACGGUAAAAACAAUGGCACUGAGUGUACCAUGAGGUUUGAGCUGAGGACAUCAGAUGAAACAUUGCAUUCAACUUUGACAACCAGCUGUCAUGGAAACCAAGGCAAAUGGUUCGAUGGAAACCAAAAGUACGGUGGAGAACGGGCAGCUUCCCGACCCUGCCCACUGGGCUGUAGCCGACGUUGUCAAUUAUUUUAAAGCUACUGGAUUUGAGGAGCAAGCCAAUGCUUUCCAGGAUCAGGAAAUCGAUGGCAAGUCUCUAUUGUUAAUGACUCGUAACGACGUUCUGACUGGACUCUCAAUAAAACUGGGCCCAGCUCUGAAGAUUUAUGAGUACCACGUGAAGCCGCUUCAGACCCAGCACUUAAAAAGCAAUGCCUCAUAGCACUCCGGACAGGCCAAGCCUUGGAAGACAAUCACGCCAUGGAACAGCAGGGUAACUGCAGACUGAAGACAAGGCCAUGUCCUCAUGUGCGUUUUAUGCAUCCUUGUGGGCAAAUACACACACACACAAAAAAAAAAACUUUAAUGUGAAUUUCUUUCUCAUUCUAAAUUUGUUGUACAGGUACAACUCUGUCUCUUUUAGGUGUGUGUGUGUGUGUGUGUUUGGGGGGGUGUGGGCGGGGUAGGGGGUUUGGACUGGUGAUAUGACUGAGAUUUGUUUUAAAAAAAAAAACAUACCCUUUGCAAACAUGUAAAUACAUCAAAAUAUUCAGUUUUGUUUGCAGUUUUUUAAAAAAAUUUUAAUGUAAAAUAUUGUGUGAAAGUAUUUGGCACUAAGACGAUAAACACUAUUGUGUAAGGUGUUGCUAGGUGUAACAUGAAUUUUCAGAGGUUUUAUGGAAAAUGAGCUUAUUGCAUUAUUGGUCUGUAUAUAAAAAGUGACUAAAGGAAUGGCGGCUCAAUUAUUUUGUUGGUGCUUGCUUUCUCUUCUUAAAGGUAUUUAAGUCUUUAAUGGUUAUAAAUAAGUUACAGCAAACAUGAUCGUGUUUGGCUGUGAAAACUAACCAUGCUGCAGCUGUAUGUGUUUUUUAUUAAAGAUUUAUUUAAAAUAUACUUAACUAAGGACGUUUAAGCAGUGUAACAGGUAGCUAGAGCCUGGUGUCUGUUUAAAACCAGGCUCCUUUUGUGUUUAACUGGGUUAAUUACGUUAUAAGACAAUUACACAUAUUACUUACUGAUUAAUUUUGACAUGAGGAUCACAAUUCUUUUUGAACGACUAAUUUGUAAAAAGUACUUUGACUCAUCUUGAUGACUGACUGGACACUGGUGUUUCUGACACCAGUGCUUAAAAAGUUACGUUCAUUUUUACAAAGUGUCUUUUUAACAGUAUCGGUUCAAAAAUUCUGUGUUGCAAUAGAGGAUUCACUGAAUGUCAGAUGUUUGCAAUAAAUUGUGCUUAAAUGAAAAAAAGCACUGACUCAACCAUCAUCCUAGUUACCAUUCCAGUGAUAACCCUAAUAACUAAUCAUUACAAACUUUGUAUGCAAGUUCCAUGAUUGAUUGGAUGCCCAAAUUAUUUCUUGUAUCACUAUAUUUUGCUCAUUUUGGGAAUUAAUUGUGCUGUGUUUAUAAGUUUAUAUCUAAUUUGACACACUUUCAUUUAGUGAUCCAGAUAUUUUGAUAAAAAUACACGUGUUAAAUCUGUUCUAAAUCACACCUAGCCAUGCACAACAUUGUGUAAUGAUGUAUAUGUAUACAUGUUCCCAUUCGAUUUAUUUAUUAAACCUCUUAUUUAUUAAAUGUGAGUAGUAUUUGUUGCAGCCAUUGCAUUCAGAGCCACACUGACCAAUUCAGGUCUUUUUAAAAUUAACUCAUAUUUUUAGUUUUUAUUUAUGUUAUUAACUCCACUUGUGAUAUUUGAAUACAUGGGGUUAAUUUUUUGUUGACUUGUUUUUAUUGCGGUUUAUUAAAGUCUGUUAAGACGC